AGGCUGGCACUUCUGUUCGAAGUUGUCAAAAAUGCAAAAGUCAAAUUAGGGAAAGCAAAAGUGAAGAAAACGCUAUAAUUUUUUUCAAGCUUUCAAUUCCGGAAUCUUCGGAGAAUUAGCAAUAAUUUUUCGCAAAUCAAUUUGGAUUUGAGGUAAUUACGAGGAAAAACAUCCAAUAAAAACAUCUCAAAAUGGAUGAAGCACGUGAUGAAAGCCAAUUCAUUGUGGACGACGUAAGCAAAAUAAUUAAGGAUGCGAUUGAGAAUACCAUCGGUGGCAACGCCUACCAACAUGACAAGGUAAACAACUGGACCGGACAAGUUGUCGAAAAUUGCCUCAGCGUGCUGACCAAGGAGCAGAAACCGUAUAAGUAUAUCGUCACAUCGAUGAUAAUGCAAAAGAAUGGUGCCGGUCUACAUACAGCAAGUUCAUGCUAUUGGAAUAACGAUACGGACGGCAGCUGCACAGUGCGCUGGGAAAACAAGACCAUGUACUGUAUUGUAUCAGUCUUCGGGUUGGCUGUUUAAGAUCUGACUAUGAUUUGUUAACCAUAGCGACUUCGGCCAGGGGAGGGUUAUAGACUUUUUAUUGUUUUCGGUGAACUUUUAAAAGGAAUAAAUUGAAGUAAGGAAGAGAAAUACAAGAUAAAAUGAAAAAAAAAAAACAAAUUUCAACAUGCUACCAUCAAAACUGUUUAAUAAGCUAAACAAAUUAACGAGCAGCUUGCAACUUUGUCCAGAAAACUAAUUGCUAAUGAAUAUGCGUAAUUUUUUUAUUUGUAUAGUUUCGCAAGUUAUAAAUAUAUGCUGAUACAUAAAUAUGCAUAUUUCAGUAGGGCCUUAUUCGUUAAUAACAAACUUUAGGAUAUAACAAAAAUUUGAAGAGAUCAACUGGAAAACGAAAAAUAUCUAUAGUCAGUAAUUGGAUGUGUAUUUAAAUUAUACUUGCAGAGAAUGUAUUUUUUUAUAAAAGGUUCGAGUAAAUAUGUAUGAAAGUGCGUACUUUACAUUUAAUACAAAAAAAUAUACUACUAAGAAUUCCAAUAAUGUAGUUUUCGAUAAAACAAAUUCUUAUGCUUUGGAUUAUGCCAUUUAUCUUUGAAAUUACAAUAUAAAUAUGUCUAUGUAUUAAUGAAAUAGUUAAGGCUUUGCGUCAAUAAAAUAAACUAAAAAAAA